AUGGACUCUGAAAAAGACCGGGCGCGCGAUGCGAACGCGCGAGCAGCAGCUGGAGCGUUCUUGGUCGGCUUGAAAACAAAGAAUGAUGAGAAACGGGUGAAAACUGCGAAAGAACUAUUCAACCCGGAUUUGGAUGAGAAAAAGGCGGGUAUCUUCCUAAUAGUGUGCUUAGCGGAAACUUCGAUUGAUGGGGAGUCGAACAGAGUGGUUCGUUUCGCAAAUUUUCUACUGAAAGUCCUUACCAUGCCUAAUAUGGAUGAAGCUGGAAUGGAGUUGGCUACUAGAGCGCUAGCCUUUCUGAUUCAGGAGCCCACAAGAAAUGAACAGCGACGAUUGGCUUCUGUUCUGUUGGCCAGAGAACUUGCGAUGUUUACCUCCACAUCGUUUUUCCUACGGGCAAAUGUGUUUUUUAAGAGCAUAUUCACUGUUAUCAGGGACCCCAAGCCUCAAAUCCGAAUAGCUUCCAUAAAUGCUCUUCAUGCAGCCCUUACCAUCACUUCUCAAAGAGAGGCCAAGUUGAAGACGGAAUGGUACACGGUCCUCAAUGAGCUUGUUCGCAUUGCUGAUGCUACUUUUGAACGAAUCCGCCUAGAAGCCUUGGAUAUUCAUCAAACCGAGACGUCUAUUGCAUCGCCUAUUGAAUGGCUAACGCAACCCAGGGUUGCUAACACUGUAGAGAGCAGUACAGCACGUGCUUUGGUGAUGAAGAACUUCACAGAGAUAUGUGGUCACGCAAAAUCUGCAGCGUUCAGCUGUGGUCGAUCUGUUCCAGUCCACCAGACCCUUCUCGAACUCUUUCCUAGGCUGUCUGCGUGGGAACAGUGCGAGUCAUCGUUAUGCAAAGUCAUGUUUGAGCAUGCGAAAAAUAUAGUACAGAAGAACGGCAAUGCUCUGGUAGCACUUGGCUUGUUAAUGCUCCAAAACCCUGAAAGAUAUAGCGGCAGCAUUGGACAAAUGAUGAUGGUUGUGACAGAGAUGUUGAAUACAGCUGUAUCCAAGAAGAGAGCUCCUGAACCAGCGGUAUUCAUCUUUUUGAGUCUCUUCGUUAAAGCGUACAAGGAAAAAGUGAAGGGUGAAAUGAAGCAGUUGCUUAGUUUACUAUUCAAAACAAGUCUCACCAAAGGCUGCGUAUUGCCAAGCAAGUUGGAUCCACCAAAGAAACCAGUUUUACCAGCGCAAACUAUCCAGGUGUCCAAUGUGCCUUUGACUGUGCUUGCAUUAGACACCCUUGGAGAGUUCGAGUUCCAAAGGCAUUAUCUAGAAAUGUUUAUGCAGUAC